AUCGGCGGCCCCGCCCCUUGCGGGAGGACUACAGCUCCCGCCGUGCCCCGCGCUCGGAGCGGCCGCGGCGCAGCCGGAUCCGCCGCCGCCUCUCUGCGUCCCUGCAGCGGCUGUUGCGCCUACGGCAGCUCCCGGCUUCGCUCGCGGCCUACCCCGGUUUCUCGGCAUGGCUCGGCCUCUCGUGCCCAGCUCUCAGAAGGCGCUGCUGCUGGAGCUGAAAGGGCUGCAGGAGGAGCCCGUGGAAGGGUUCCGGGUCAACCUGGUUGACGAGGGAGAUCUCUACAACUGGGAGGUGGCCAUCUUCGGCCCCCCAAACACCUACUACGAGGGCGGAUACUUCAAGGCUCGCCUCCGGUUUCCCAUCGACUACCCCUAUUCUCCUCCCGCCUUCAGGUUCUUAACCAAAAUGUGGCACCCCAAUAUCUAUGAGACUGGUGAUGUCUGCAUCUCCAUCCUGCACCCGCCCGUGGACGACCCACAGAGCGGGGAGCUGCCGUCGGAGCGGUGGAACCCCACACAGAACGUGAGGACCAUUCUGCUGAGCGUGAUCUCGCUGCUGAAUGAGCCCAACACCUUCUCUCCAGCCAACGUGGACGCCUCCGUGAUGUACCGCAAGUGGAAGGAGAGCAAAGGGAAGGACCGGGAGUACACGGACAUCAUCAGGAAGCAAGUCUUGGGCACAAAGGUGGAUGCUGAGCGGGAUGGUGUGAAGGUCCCCACCACGCUGGCAGAGUACUGCGUGAAGACCAAGACUCCAGCCCCUGAUGAGGGCUCCGACCUCUUCUACGAUGACUAUUACGAGGAUGAUGAGAUGGAGGAAGAGGCGGAGAGCUGUUAUGGGGAUGAGGAUGACUCUGGCAAUGAGGAAUCUUGAUGGCCCUCUGGCAUUGCAACCCUUCCUAUAAACUACUGCGUUUUACCUCAACUUAGGACAAACGGGUUUGAAUUUAGGCUCUGUCAGCCCUGGAAUUGACUCUCUACCUCGCAGGGAGACUGUUCUGCUGCGGCCAAGGAGCUCCCAGUGCUGGCUUGGUAGAAAAAACAAGGAACAAACCCUAUUUUAUAAACGUGCUGGGUUAGGGGGUGGAUGGGGAGGGGGAAGUGGCCUCGGGGCCUUCCUGAAGCCACAGGACUGGCUUGGGGUGUGAUGGCAAAACCUGCUGUUGCCUGCCUGCUGCUUGGGGCACAUUGGGCUCUUCAGCCCCAUGUAGGAGGAAGGGUUUGGGGGGGGGGGCUGUGGGGCUGGUGAGUGGUGGCUUUGUGCAGCCUUUGAGGGGUUGGAGUAUGGCUGGAUCCUGGAGGGACCCUCCUGGUGCCUCUUCCUGUGGUGCCAGAGUGCGGUGGGAAUGAUGGGAGCCUUGGGAAUGGCCAGGACAUGGAGCCCUGCAGGGUGUGAGUGGUUUUUAACCUGCUGGGAGGGAGGGGGCAGUUCUGGCUCUUUCUGCUUCUGUUUUUUUGGAACUAUUUAAUAAAGUAUUCCUAGGGA